UUUACUUCGUGUUGAAUGGCGCCUUGUAACAGACAUUUGGUGUAAUUGAAGACAUGUCACUAUGAACACAGAUUUAUGUUGCAUAACAGAAUAACAAAUGACAUUGGCAUCAAAGAAUUGUAUCAUUUAAAGACUAAAGGAAAAUGUUAUACAGGACAGAUAUGAAUCUUUUUAUAUAAAUCUCUGACAAAUUACAGGCAAAUAUUUUUUUCUAAAUUGAGAUUAUUAAUUAUAAUUCUUUACUUGACUGUCCAGAAUGUGUACAAGAUUAUAUUGAAUGUGAAUUAAACUUGGAUGGAUUUCAAAAGAAGUUUGCAACCUACAUCAUAUACCAGCAAAGAUCACAGUAGUAUAAGUGUUUAUUAGCAAGAAAAUAUAUGUCAAAAGAAGAUAAACAUUCCGAAAUUGUGGUGAAAAAAAGUGAAGAUGAAUAAUGUGUGAAUAAGUUUAAAUAUAAAAGACUGUUUAAAAGUAUUGAUUUUCCUGGUAAAAUGAAUAAAAAGAAACAAAAAACAUCAUCAUACCACUGUGAUAUUUGUGGGAAAUCAUUCUCUGGAAGUGCUAACUUAGCAAAACACAAAUGUACUGGUGCAGGAGAAAAACCAUACCACUGUGAUAUCUGUGGAAAAUCAUUUUCUGAACGUUGUAACUUAAGAACACACAAACGUAUUCAUACAGGAGAGAAACCAUAUCGCUGUGAUAUUUGUGGUAGAUUAUUCUCUGUAAGUAGUGUCUUAACUAAUCACAGACGUAUUCAUACAGGAGAGAAACCAUAUCAGUGUGAUAUCUGUGGCAAAUCGUUCUCUCAGAGAGGUAUCUUAACUAAUCACAAACAUAUUCACACAGGAGAGAAACCAUUUCAGUGUGAUAUUUGCAGUAAAUCGUUCUCUGAAAGUCGAUUCUUAACGACACACAAACGUAUUCAUACAGGGGAGAAGCCAUAUUGCUGCGAUAUCUGUGGUAAAUCAUUCUCUGUCAGAGGUACCUUAACUAAUCACAAACGUAUUCAUACAGGAGAGAAACCAUAUUCUUGUGAUAUCUGUGGUAAACCAUUCUCUGAAAAAGGUACCUUAACUAAACACAAACGUAUUCACACAGGAGAGAAACCAUAUAAGUGUGAUAUCUGUGGUAAAUCAUUCUCUGGAAAUAGUUGCCUAACUGAACACAAACGUAUUCACACAGGAGAGAAACCAUAUUACUGUGAUAUUUGUGGUAAAUCAUUCUCUCGAAAUGGUUACUUAACUGAACACAAACAUAUUCAUACAGGAGAGAAACCUUACCGUUGUGAUAUCUGUGGUAAGUCGUUUGCUCUUAAAGAACACUUAACUAAACACAGACGUAUUCAUACAGGAGAGAAGCCAUAUUGCUGUGAUAUCUGUGGAAAAUCAUUCUCCCGAUGUAGUGAUUUAACUAAACACAAACGUAUUCACACAGGAGAGAAACCAUAUUGCUGUGAUAUCUGUGGCAAAUCAUUCUCUCGAAAUUCUCACUUGAAUGAACACAAACGAAGUCAUACAGGAGAGAAGCCAUAUCACUGUGACAUCUGUGGUAAAUCAUUCUCUCAUGGAACUAACAUAGCUAUACACAAACGUAUUCAUACUGGAGAAAAACCCUAUCACUGUGAUAUCUGUGGUAAGUCGUUCUCUCAAAAUGGUGAAUUAGCCUCUCACAAACGUAUUCAUACUGGAGAGAAACCCUAUCACUGUGAUGUCUGUGGUAAAUCAUUCUCUCAAAAAAAUCAGUCAACUACACAUAAACGUAUUCAUACUGGAGAGAAGCCAUAUCAGUGUGAUAUGUGUGGGAAAUCAUUCUCUCAAAGGAUCCAUUUAAUGAAACAUGUUGGUAUUCAUGUACGGCAGUAACUGUAUCAGUAUAAAAGUUCUGGUUGUCAAGGAUAAUUUCACCCUCCCUCUGACUGGUUAACCAUGUAUCUCCUCUAUAACAACACACCUAUUCUGGCCUCAGUCUUGAUCACUCUCUUUGAUCUGGUAACCAUUUAUCUCUUCUCUGUCACACACUAACCUUUCAUCACAUUACCUGGUCACCUGGUACAAGAUCACCUUCUCCAAUGCCCCCUUCUUGCCAUCACCUACACCUGCAUUCACACCUUCUCACCAUGCCUGGCCUCCAUUCCUUCCUUCUGCACCUCUACUUUCUUCUCUCCCAUUUUCUUUCCAACUUUCUUCCCCGGUGCCUGCAACCCUCUAUACAACUCUCUCAUUCUCUUUUUAAAUAAAACCCGCCACUCCAGCUAUCUCUCUUUCCAUCACCGUUGCCUCCAUCAUCAUGUCACACCCCAUAGCUUCAAGGGACCUAUACAGGGAGGAAGCGCUCAGUCAACUUUUUGAACUCCCUCUUCUAUUGCCUUCUCCUCUCCGACCCCACCCUCUCCAACCAGCAGCACGUGUCCUCCACCAUCCAUGACCUCAUCUCAUCUUCUGCCUCCCUUCUACUGCCACCAACCUCAUUGUCCAAACACCCCAUAUCUCCACCAUGUAUUUCCUUCCCAAAAUACACAAACCCAACAACCCAGGCUGCCCCAUUGUUUCCGCCUGUAACUGCCCCACAAAACUCAUUUCAAAAUAUCUCAACCUCAUCCUGUCCCCUUUAGUUGCUGAUCUGUCUCAUUAACGACACCAACCAUGCCCUUUGCCUCUUCAAUUCCUUCUCCUUCCCUCCCAGCCCUUCAUGCUUCAUUUUAACCUGGGACAUAAAAUUACUAGAUACUAUGAUCCUCCACAACGACGGUCUCUUAGCCCUCGAAUACUUCCUCGACUGUUGCCCCGACCACACAUCCAGCACCUCCACCCUUCUCACCCUCAACUGCUUUAUGUUCACAGGAGAGAUUUAUCAGCAGGUCUCUCGUGUUGCUAUGAGAAGAAGAAUGGGCCCCAAUCUUGUCAACUUAUUUGUUGGUUACACUGAGACCCAAAUCUUCUCACAAUUCUUUGGACCGACCCCAGAGCUGUGCGGUUGCUAUAUAGAUGACUGUAUAAGUGACACCUCCCGCUUCUGCAAGCAGCUCUCCAGUUUCAUCUCCUUCAUUUCUAACUUCCACCCUUCUCUUGAAUUUACCUCUACCUUCGCUGACACUUCUGUAAACUUCUUGGAUAUCUCUCUCACCACCUAUGCCUUCCAUCCUAUGGACUCCCACCUCUGCCUCAACUUUUCCUCCUCCCAUCCCUCCCACACCAACUGGGCCAUCCCAGUUCCUCUGCCUCUGACACCUGUGCAGUGGGGACAAGGAUUUCAAAACCUAGUCUGAAUACCUGGCCCACUUGUUCAUACGUUGUGGAUACCCAUCCACCCUUGCCUAAACUACUCUUAUCCAUGCUUGUCAAAUCGAUCGCACUCUCCUUCCCCACACUGAUCCCCUUUUCCAUCCCUCCACUCUACCCCUUCGUCAGAGGAUCCUGCAGGCCUUCCGUCGCCUCCAGCUAAAUCCCACCACCCGCCCUUGCCCUCCUUCAAACUCGCCCGUAACCUACGCGAUCUUCUGGUCUGUAGCACCCUCCCCCCUCCAUUCCAAUCCCACCCAGAUCCUUUCCUUGCUCCAAAUCCCAUUGCCACCUCUGUCACUUCAUCACUAACACCUCCUCCUUCACCGUACCCAACUAGCACACCCUCUACAUUAGGAACUCCUCCUGCACUUCUUCCAGCCUUAUUUAUUGCAUCAGGUGUAAUCUCUGCAACAAACUUUACAUUGGCCAGACAGGCCACCGGCUAGCCAACCGGUACAUCAGACAUCUACGAGAUAUUUGUCUACGUACAAACACCCCUGUUGCCCGUCAUUUUCGCUUGGCCAACCAGUUCACUUCCAAUAACACCGUCUUCAGCCUUGCCCUUCACAAUGGACCCACCAGUUUUCACUCUACAUACCCAAACUCCUUUCUGACUCAACUCAACCUCAUCCUCUCAGUGACUGUUCCUAUAAACUUUUAAAAAAAACUUUUUACCUUGUCUUAUUUUUUUAUUAUUUCGUUUAUCUCUUAUUCAGUUUUUUUGAUUUUUUUAUCAUUUAUUCUUUUAUUUGGUUAUUUAUUAUUGGUUUAUUCUGAUUUUUUUAUCUUUUAAAAAUUUAGUUAUUUUAACUUUCAUUUAUUUAUUUCUCUUACUGAUUUGUUCACAUAAUCUUUUUCCUUUGUUUUUAUUUUAUCAACUUUUAUUUAUUGUUUAUCAUUUUUUAUUAAUAAUUGUAUUUUCAUAUUUUAUAUUCCCAUACCACACACCACAUACCCUGCUCACCACACACGUGCACACACUCAUCCAUAUUCACCCAUUCACACAACCUUCAGACUACCCCAACUCACUAUUGACCAUUCCAUCUAUACACACAUGCUAAAACACACACACACACACACACACCUGUCGCUAUAGCUCCUGACCUCUCACUACAACAUUACACACACAGACACACACCAACCAUUCUUCACACUCUCCUGUCCCAGAAAGUACUUUCUCUUUGUCCUACUUCCAGUCAUUUGAAAAAUGUAAUUACACAUGGACUGUCUGUGACUUUUUUUUCCUCCUUCCUUUUCUUGUGGACUUUCCUAUGUUUUCUGUUUCUGAAGAAGAGCUGUGUUCAAAACAUAAGUUUCCUUCUCUAAGCAUCGUAUUAAUACUUACAUGUGCUAUGUCUUCAUGUUAUUUUUUUCUUGUCUUUUUCUCCGUUUUUUUUUUUUUUUCAAUUAAAUAUGUAUAAACUUAAAUCUUAAAUGUGUAGAAGAUGGUAUUUUUAGAAUAUUAAAUAGUAUUUUUAAUAAAAGAUAUAAAUGUAUAUCUUUAAAGAAUGGUAAUGGUUUCUUGUAUAAGGGAUAUACUAAUAUAAGUAAAAGAAAAAUGAAAGGAACGGUUAGUUUUAUUAUUAAUAAUUCCUUUGUAAUGUUUGCGGGUAGGGUAUUUGAGCAGGUUAGGGGGAUUCCAAUGGGUGGCAAUUAUUGGUGGACCUUUAUCUUUCUUCAUGCGAGUUCCUUUUAUUUAAAGACCUAUGUGCUAGGAAAUGUAUGUAGUGUUUUAUUAUUAACUUUUGAAUGAUGAAAUAAUGUAUUUCACACAUAAUUGUUAUUAGUUAAAUUAAUUUCAAUUAUGUUUGUUUUGUUUUGGAGAGAUUUAUAUAAAGCUUUAACUUUCAUUAUAUUAGUAACUAUGGAAGACUGGUGGGAUUAUUAUUUGUAUGGACUUAUAGAUUGGUCCAGAUUUAGUAUAUAAUUUAGUUAUUGCAGUUUGAUAUUAAUACCGAUACAAUGUACAUUGGUUUAUAUGUUUUUUAUUGUAGUUUAUUAAAGUUUAAUCCUGCCUAUAAAUUGAUUUAUUGAAUGAAUGUGGUUGUUAAGCUUUCACUUUUUAUAUUAUACUACGGAAGACAGUAGGGAUUAUAAUUUUUGUAUGACUUAAUAGAUUUGUUGCUGUUUAAUUACGUAUUUAGGAGUUGGUUGUAAUUUAUUUAUUGAAUUUAUUUACUGAUACUGUUGUACAUAGGGUAAAUGUAUUUGAAAGUUGUAAUUUAUUUGGUUUGUUUGUUCCCAAACAACACUUAUCUUAUUGUUGUUGACACUGCCGGAUUGAAUGGUACUGCCCUGGUGUUGAAACCAUAAUGAUAUCUGUGGGGCAGCUGAUGAUGGAGGUAUGUUGCAUUGUUGGUAUGGCUGUUUUUGUAUAUGUGGAAUAGUAUUAUAACACAUCCUUUUGAUAUAUACACACAUGCAUAGUUUGAUAUGAUGAUGAUGAUCAUCAUCAUCAUCGUUGUUUAACGUCCGCUUUCCAUGCUAGCAUGGGUUGGACGAUUUGACUGAGGACUGGUGAAACCAGAUGGCUACACCAGGCUCCAAUCUAAUUUGGCAGAGUUUCUACAGCUGGAUGCCCUUCCUAACGCCAACCACUCUGAGAGUGUAGUGGGUGCUUUUACGUGCCACCGGCAUGAAGGCCAGUCAGGCGGUACUGGCAAUGGCCACGCUCAAAUGGUGUUUUUAUAUUUUGUUAAUCUGUCGUAUUAUUGACAGGCAUAUACUCAACGAAUUGACGUGUCUAGCUGCUCUCUCCUUAAUUAAUCUACAACAUUCUCACCCAUUCAUUAGUUUUAUCUAUCCUUCUUUUCCUCUGGAUAAUGUCUGUAUCUUAACUAUCUUAACAACAUCAAUGAACUAUUGUGUAUCAUUUUGGCACAAGCAAGGAUGUGUUGAACAUGUUUAUUUUUGUAUAUACAUAGCAAUGAUGGUUUCUACAGAAUGCUUUCGUUAAAAAAACUAACACUUCUGAGUUUAUCACAGGUUAGCCUACAUGUUGUUAAAUAACUUCCUUUCGAAAUUCUCCCUGGGCAUAUACCCAAUUCACUGGUUUUGAAUAUGGAAUUUUAUUUCUGAAAUUAAAGAAUUUUGUAUGCAAACAGCUGUAGGUAGAAAUUUCUAUGUAUGAAUUCGAAUGUCUUUGAAUAAAAAUAUC